AUGAGCGUUGAAUACGAGCUUGUGCCCUUCUGCAACUUGCCUCAGCAUUUGAUGUUUGAGCUUCAAGCAGAUGGAGCCCAUCGUGAGGAGUCUGAGAAAAAGGAGGGCGAGGACACCGCUGUCAUCAUGCCAGCGACAGACGGUCCGGUUGAUGAAGCACAGCUGCUACGGUGUGCGAAGGCGGCCACUGCGGAGGUCAUUGAGGAAUGCCUUCAUGGGCCGCGAGAGGUGCAGGCGAAAUACCAGGAGUAUGCCUACCUCUUUCAUGAAGAGGUCAGUGCUGACAUCGAUCCCCUUGAUGUGGAGGCUGUAAGGGUCCGCACGGAGGCCUACCUACAGGCGGGCACAGAGAUCGAGAAGCUCACCACCGAAGUUGUGAAGUUCCCGCUCUUCGAGCUGCAUUGCCAGGAAAUCAUUCAGUCCAUGUCUCAGCGUGCCUACUACUUGGCAGCCUGCUGCUUGCAGUCUGUGGCACAGAACAUCCAGGAGCGUUCCCAAGCUGUGCUGACCGAGUGGCAAGAGACGCACGAGCGGAUCGGCACCAACCCGGAGGAUGAAGAGGAGCUGGCCAAGCUGAAACAAUUCAUGGCCGACUUGCCGCAGCUGAAGACGAAGCCACUCAUGCAGACCACCCGGCACAUUCACACGCAGAUCAACAUGCUAGCCGACUUCAGCUUUGACAUUGACACUGAGGUGGUGGAGAGAGCCUUCUCCUCCUUCGCGUGGCCAUUGCAGAUUCAGAUUGAUGUGGGCGAUUCAGAAAGAAGCCUGGACUCGCAAAAGCAGAAGUUCAUGGAAAAGCUGGAUCGCGAGAAGACUGAGUAUGAGCGUGACAUGGCUCGGUACCAGGAGGACCUGGAAUGGGUCAAGAGUCUGAACGACUACUCGCUGGCCAUGAAGUGUGCUCAUCGCAUCUACUCUCUGCGGGAGAACUUGGACCGCGCGAAGGAGCGGGUGCAGAGCUUCCUGGAACGCGAGCGGCUCUUUGGCAUGGAUGUGUCGGACUAUUCCGCAGUGGAGAACAUGAUCGAGGCCUUUGAGCCCUACUACAAGUUAUGGACGAGCGCCAUCGACUUUAAGCACUCAGAGGAAGAAUGGCUGACUGGCAUGGUGCAGCGUCUGGUCGCGGAGGAGAUCGAGACGGUGGUGGAGGAACAGUAUAAGGAGAGCUACAAGACCAUCAAGCAGUUCGAGGGCAAUGAAAACCCGCUGGCCGUGGCAAAGGACCUGCGCGAGGAAAUCUCAUCAUUUCGAGCUAAUAUGCCUGUCAUCCGUGCACUCUGCCAAGAGGCUUUUGAGCCGCGACACUUUGCAGACCUCUUCGAGGAAUUGCGGAUGGACAUGGACAUGGAGGAUGGCAUCACCUUGCAGCAAAUGCUGGACGUUGGAAUCCUGGACCACAUCGACACCUUGGAGAGAAUAAGUGUCAAGGCUCAGAAGGAGCACGGCUUGAAAACCGCCCUGGCGACGAUGAAGAAAGAGUGGCGCCCGAUCGAGUUUGGCCUAGUGCCACACAAAGCGGGGACGCACAUGGUGCGGGGCAUUGAUGAGAUCCAGGCGGUGCUUGACGAUCAUAUCGUCAAGACGAUGGGAAUCCGUGGCUCGCCUUUUGUCGAGCCCAUCGAGAAAGAGGUGAAGGACUGGCUGCAAAAGCUGACAUACAUCCAAGACCUGCUGGAGCAGUGGCUGGCAAUGCAACGCUCAUGGCUUUACCUGGAGCCGAUCUUCAGCUCUGAUGAUAUCCAAAAGCAGCUGCCAAACGAAGCCAAGCGGUUUCAGCAGGUCAAUGGGCUUUGGCGCACAACCAUGGAAAGCGUGGCUGAGAAUCCAAACGUUUUGGACGUGUCAGAAAUCGAGAAUUUGCUUGCCAGCUUCAUUGAUGCCAACAAGAAGCUGGAUGCUAUCCAGAAAGGCCUCAACGACUACUUGGAGACAAAGCGCAUGGACUUUCCACGCUUCUUCUUCCUCUCGAAUGACGAGCUCCUGAUGAUUUUGUCGCAAACGAAGGAUCCCACUGCUGUGCAGCCUCACAUGGGCAAAUGCUUCGAAGGUAUCAGCAGGGUCCGCUUCAACCAGACAAGCGAGAUUAUUGAGGCUAUGUCGUCUGUGGAGGGCGAAGUGGUCGAGUUGAGCAACCCAGUGAAUGUCGCGGAAGGUGAGAAGAAAGGCAAUGUGGAAAAGUGGCUGAUGGAGGUGCAAGGGUCCAUGAUUGAGAGCCUCACGAAAGUGACGGGGUCCUCGCUGGUGGCGUAUGCGAAGACUGACCGCGCCGGCCUCGCCGGCCUCACUGCCCUGGAGCAGCUGUCGGCUGCUGGGCUGCGCUGCGUCGUUCUAGAUGCCCAGACUGGGCCUGGAGGACGUUUGCGUGGGCGUUACUUCUGUGGCCGCUGGGUGGAAGAAGGAGCCAACUGGGUGCAAGGCUUGGGCAAGAAUCCGAUUUGGAAACGUGCUCAGCGGUGCGCGUUGCACGGCCGGCUGGAGUGCACGGAUGGCUUGGUCUUCCGGGGGUUGGGCAAGAAGGGCCCGAAGGAUUUGACAAAAGAAGCUCAGGCACGUGAAAAGGUCCUGACGAAGGCCAAUCGACUUGUGGAGAUGGGCAAGGCUGGGCGUGGCCGCAAGCCAGACCUGGGCUUGGCACAGGCGCUGGCGCACCGAGGCUGGGUUGCUUCCACCGUCUUGGACCGAGCUCUGGAGUUCUGGUUGGUGGAUUUCGAGUACGGGGAGAGUGCUGAACGCGUAUCUGUGAAGCACAAUGUGCAUGGAGAAUACACCUGGAAUGACUUUGGUUCAGAGUCCGUUUUCAUAGAUGACCCGCGCGGCUUUUCGACCAUCUGCCCAAGAGUGCCAGAAGGAGUCAAUUGCUAUUUCGACACUGUGGCAGAGCAAGUAGUCCAGCAUGCUGACUUUGCUCAGGUGCUCUGCCAGAACGGGCUUCAGGUGAGGAGCCGUGUUGUGCUUUGCACAGUAAGCGUGGGAGUCCUGAAUUCUGGGAGCCUACGCUUCGAUCCCCCCUUGCCUGCGGCGAUGCAGGCAGCAUUGGGCUCCAUGACCAUGUGCAACUACACCAAGACCUUUGUGAAGCUUGACGCCCCGCUGUGGGUGCCAGGAGAGUCCUACAUCAUCCGGGUCGGCGAGCCAUCUGGGCGCCACGUAGUCUGGCAGCCCCUUGGCCCGGAUAUGGCGCUAGUGACCAACACCGGCGACGAGGGCCGGCGUGUGGAGAAGCUGAGCUCCGAGGAUUUGAAGCGAGAGCUGUCAAUGGCUCUGGCGGACAUGUACGAGAAUUCACCCGGGAUCAUGGAAGCAGAGGCCACUGGAUGGUCUUCGGAUCCGCACUUCAGAGGGGCCUACUCCUUCCUGCCCACGGGGUCUAUGGCCGAGGGCUGGGAUGCCAUUAGCGAGCCCCAUGGAAGGGUCUUCUUUGCCGGAGAGGCCUUUCAUCCGCGCUGGUCUGGAUACUUGCAAGAACAGCUGUCUGGCCUGGUGAACUUGGUGCGUGGCGACCUCUCCAAGCUGGGCAGGCAAACUCUUGGAGCCCUUGUCACCAUCGACGUGCAUAACCGAGACGUGGUUCAGAGCCUGAAAGAAGCGAAGAUCUCCUCAGCGAAGGAGUUUGACUGGAUCGCGCAGCUGCGUUACUACUGGCGCCCAAAGGGCAGCAUCACGCUGAAGGAUACCGGCAAGGCCAGCACGGUGGACAAGUGCGAGGUGUCCAUCAUCAAUGCCACCCUCUACUACGGGUUCGAAUACCUUGGGAACAGUGACAGACUGGUGAUCACGCCCCUGACCGACAGAUGCUAUCGAACGUUGAUGGGUGCCUUUCAUCUUUAUUAUGGCGGCGGUCCAGAAGGGCCAGCUGGUACUGGCAAGACCGAGUCCACCAAGGAUCUCGCCAAAGCUGUUGCCGUGCAGUGUGUGGUCUUCAACUGCUCAGACGGCCUGGAUUACAUUGCCAUGGGCAAGUUCUUCAAGGGCAUUGCAUCUUCUGGUGCCUGGUGCUGCUUUGACGAGUUCAACCGCAUCAAUUUGGAGGUGCUGUCAGUGGUGUCGCAGCAGGUGCAAACCAUCCAAUUUGCGAUUCGAGACAAGAAGGAGAUAUUCUAUUUCGAGGACAGGCAAAUCAGGCUUGUGCCCUCCUGCGCUGUGAACAUCACAAUGAAUCCAGGCUAUGCUGGCCGGUCCGAGCUGCCGGACAACCUGAAGGCCCUUUUCCGUCCAUGUGCAAUGAUGGUCCCUGAUUAUGCCCUAAUUGGCGAGAUUGUCCUCUACUCCAACGGCUUUGAGGAUGCCAAGAACCUGGCCCGGAAGGCUGUAGGGAGCCUUCGUCUCAGCUCGGAGCAGCUUUCCUCACAGGAGCACUACGACUUUGGCAUGCGAGCCUUGAAAUCCAUCCUCGUGCGGGCUGGCGCCUUGCGGCGUAUCUACGGCUCCACCCGCGAAGAGCAGGUCCUGGCGCUUUCGGCUCUCAGCGAUGUGAAUCUGCCAAAGUUCACUCGGAAUGACAUACCGCUGUUCUUGGGCAUCACUGGUGAUUUAUUUCCCGAGGUGGAGCUGCCGCCGUCGGACUACGGCGUCUUGAUCAACGAACUCGAGGGCAGCGCGCGGAGGCUGGUGCUUCAGCCACAGGAAGGCUUCAUCAAGAAGUGUAUCCAGCUGUGGGAGACCAUCAUGGUUCGCCACGGCUUGAUGUUGGUGGGACAGACAGUGUCCGGCAAGACGGAGGUGGAGAACGUUCUAGCUGAUGCCUUGGCUGCUGUGGCAGACGGCGAGAACUACCUGCCGGUGCUGAUCCACAAGAUCAAUCCCAAGUCGAUCAAGCAGGGCCAGCUGUACGGAGAGAACGACGAGAACACCCAAGAGUGGUCGGAUGGCAUCCUGGCCCUCACGGUACGCCACGCCUCUGCGGCGGACCAAGCCAAGCGCCAGUGGAUCCUCUUGGAUGGCCCCGUGGAUGCAGUGUGGGUGGAAAACCUGAACACAGUGCUGGAUGACAACAAGAAGCUUUGCCUCAACAGUGGAGAGAUCAUCAAGUUGACACCUGUCACCACCAUGAUGUUCGAGGUCGAGGACUUGGCAGUCGCGUCGCCAGCCACAGUUUCUCGCUGUGGCAUGGUCUUUCUCGAGCAGUCGGACAUUGGCUGGCGCGUGCUGGCUCUCUCCUGGUGCGAACGCUUGCCGGACCGCCUGAAAGACCAGGGCGCCAUGCUGCAGGAGAUGAUGGAGUAUUCUGUGGAAUGCUGUUGGGAGAUGGUUUCUCGCAAGGUGUCCAAGCCCGUCCCCGUCAGCUUGAACUGGCUGGUGCUCAACUUGCUGCACCUCUUCUGGGCCUUGAUCCAGGCAGAAAUUCCACUGGACGAAGGCAAGAAGGACUUGCCCACCAAGGAGAAGGAGUCCAAAUUGGAGGCACUGUUCUGGCUAAGCUUGUUGUGGAGCUUCGGGUGCGUUGCCGACGAAGACGGCCGGAGUGUGCUGGAUCCCUUCUUCCGGCGCCUCUGCACAGGACAGAGUCAGGGAAUGAAGGACGACUUCCAGCUUUUGUGCGCAGAGCCGGCACCGCGGAUGGCGGCUCAGACCCGCGGUGGGCCACCCCCAUUUCCGGAUGAAGGAAGUGUCUUUGACUACUUCCCAGCAGGCAACAAGUGGGAGCUAUGGAGCAAGAAGAUUGGAAGCUUCGACAUCCCGCACGAUGCGCAGGCGCAUUCUCUCAUCAUCCCUACGUCGGACACAGUAAGGAAUGCAUUCUUCCUACAGAUGCUCAUCAAGUCCGAGUAUCAUGUACUCUUUGCAGGAUCCACUGGCACCGGGAAGACUGUCGUGAUUCAGCAGCAGCUGCUCAAAGGCUUUGACCGAGAGAAGUACAAUACCUUCGCCUUUGCGUUCAGCGCGCAGUCCAGCGCAAAUCAGACGCAGGAUGUCAUUGAUGGAAAGCUGGACAAGCGGAAGAAGGGCUGCUAUGGACCGCCCUUCGGUAAGCGCUGUUUGGUCUUUGUGGACGAUCUCAAUAUGCCUGCAAAGGAGAAGUACGGGGCCCAGCCGCCGCUUGAACUUCUCAGGCAGUGGAUGGACACCAGCGGCUGGUAUGAGCGGAAGACCUGCGAGUUCCGCCAGCUCGUGGAUCUCAACUUUAUUGCUGCGAUGACACCCAGCGCCGGCAGACCUCAAAUCACUGCUCGGUACUUGAGGCACUACAACUACUUCUACCUUCUGCCCUUUCAGGGUGAGAGUUUGCAGCGAAUUUUCCAGACGGUCAUGCAGUGGUUCCUUGCGAAGUUCCCGAGUCAGGUGAGCAGCCUCAGCGGCUCGGUGGUCCGUGCAACCGUGGACGUGUACCACACCAUCUCGGCCAGCAUGCUGCCCACACCAGCAAAGUCUCACUACACCUUCAACUUGAGAGACCUCGCGAAGGUGAAUCAGGGCCUUUGCUUGUGCAGCAAAGAGUCGCUGCCGGGUGCCGACGACUUCCUGAAGUGCUGGGUCCACGAAUGCCAGCGCGUCUUUCAGGACCGCUUGGUGAACGGAGAGGACAAUGCUUGGUUUGUCAAAUUGCUGGAGGAGAAACUGCAGGAGCAUUUCAAGAAGCAAUGGAAGAGCAUCAUCAAGCAGGAGCCUUUGAUCUUCAUCGACUUUGCUGACAGCAAGAACUUAUACUACCAGCAAGUCACGAAUCUGGAGCAUCUGGAUGAUGUGUUGAAGAAUCGCCUCAUGGACUACAACUCCAUGGCGAAACGGAGCAUGGAACUGGUGCUGUUCACGUCCGCUGCACAGCACAUUUGCCGCAUCGUGCGUGUGCUGAAGACGCCGUUGGGCAACGCUUUGCUGGUGGGCGUGGGGGGCAGUGGGCGCAAGAGCCUCGCCACCCUGGCGACCUUCGUGGCGGAGUACGACCAGUUCUCGAUCGAGAUCACCAAGAACUACAGCGUCACUGACUGGCAUGACGAGAUCAAGCGCCUUCUGAUGAGCGUGGGAGGCUCCAACCAGGUGACCUUUCUGCUCGCAGACACGCAGAUCCCCAAGGAAUCCUUCUUGGAGGAUACUUCCAGCUUGCUGAACAAUGGCGAAGUCCCAAACCUCUUUAACGCAGAGGACAAGACUCAAAUCCUCGAGGUGAGUGCCACCGCAGCAGCUGCUGCUGGUUGCAGUGGGCCAGCCGAGAUCCUGGCCUUCUUCACUGAGCAGUGCCGCAAGAAUUUGCACCUGAUCCUCGCCCUCUCGCCCAUUGGGGAUGCCUUCAGGCGACGGGUGCGAAUGUUCCCGGCAAUCGUCAACUGCUGUACCAUUGACUGGUUCAUGGAGUGGCCUCAAGAGGCUUUGCGCAGCGUUGCCACUCAUUUCCUCCAGAAGGUGGACCUCGCGCAAGACGUGUUCUCCGGAGUGGUGGAGAUUUGCGUGCGGAUGCAGGAGUCGGUGUUUGGCCUGACGGAUCGCUUCCGGCGAGAGGUGCAGCGCCACUACUACGUCACACCAACAUCAUAUUUGGAGCUGAUCAACUCCUUCAAGGAUGUCUUGGCCUCCAAGCGGGAGGAGGUGUCCAGCGCCAAGCGCCGCUACGACGACGGCCUGGAGAAGGUGAUCUCCACGGAGGAGCAGGUGAAGACCAUGUCCAUCCAGCUGGAAGAGCUUCGACCGGUGCUGAAGCAAACUUCCGCGGAGACGGCGGAGUUGAUGACCGUGAUCGAGCGCAGCCAGGAAGAGGCCUCUGCGACCCAAGCAGUGGUGGCCAAGGAGGAGGAAGCUGCCUCACAGCAGGCAGAGGCGUCACGCACCAUGAAAGAGGAGUGCCAAGCUGACCUGGACAAGGCGCUGCCGGCGUUGAAUGCCGCUUUGGACGCCUUGAAGAGUUUGAAGAAAGGCGACAUUGUGGAGGUCAAGAACAUGAAGUCUCCUCCGGAAGGCGUUAUCACAGUUUCCAAAGCUCUUUGCUGGAUGUUCGAUGUCAAGCCCAAAAAGGUCACUGCAGAGGAUGGCCGCACGAAGAUUGAUGACUACUGGGAGCCUUCCAAGAAGAGCCUUUGGGGUGAUCCGAAAAUGCUUGAUCGGCUGCUUGGAUUUGACAAGGAUCACAUCCCGGUUGAGGUCAUCGAGAAACUGAAGCCUCUCGAAGAUGACCCCGAGUUUGACCCCGAGGUCAUCAAGAAAGCUUCUCUUGCUGCCAUGGGCAUUUGCAAGUGGGUUCGAGCGAUGAUCGUGUACGACGGCGUGGCAAAGGUCGUUGGCCCGAAGAAGGAGGCCUUAGCAGGGGCUGAAGUCGAGCUGGCCAAGGUCAUGAGCUUGCUGAAAGAAAAGAAGGAUGAGUUGAAGGCGGUUCAGGACAACGUGGCACAGCUCUUGGCAGACUUCGAAACUGCGCGGCAGAAGAAGGACGACCUGGCGGUGCAGGUGGACGAUUGCAGCAAGCGCUUGGUCCGCGCGGAGAAGCUCAUUAGCGGAUUGGGAGGUGAAAAAAGUCGAUGGAUGGAGUCCUCAAAGAACUUGGGUGAGCAGUACACAAAUCUCACCGGUGACGUACUCAUUGGUUCGGGCAUCAUUGCCUAUCUGGGCACUUUCACCGGGCGCUACCGCGUGGACACUGUGAAAAGCUGGGUGCAGCUGAUGAAGGACAACCAGCUGCCUUCGGCACAGGAGUUCUCCUUGCGCACGGUGCUUGGCGACGAGGUGCAGAUUCGCCAAUGGGUGAUCGACAAGCUUCCCAACGACCAGGUGUCAGUGGAGAAUGCCAUCAUCAUCCAAAGGUCCAGGAGGUGGCCCCUGAUGAUUGACCCGCAGCUUCAGGCAAACCAAUGGGUGCGGAAGACCUAUGCAGGGCAAGGGGAGCUGCGAAUCCUCCGCCUCACCCAGAAUUAUGCGCGGGAGCUGGAAAGUGCCAUCGCCUACGGGAAGCCGGUUCUGCUGGAGAAUGUCCUGGAGCAGCUGGAUCCGCUGCUUGAGCCUCUGCUGCAGAAGGCGAUCUUCAAAGCUGGCAGCGUGUUGAUGAUCCGGCUUGGCGAUUCACAGUGCGAGUACAACAAGGAUUUCCGCCUCUUCAUCACCACGAAGCUGCCAAACCCACAUUACUCUCCCGAGGUUUGCGUGCAGGUCACGCUGCUGAACUUCAUGGCAACCCCAGAUGGGCUUCAGGAUCAGAUGUUGGGCAUCCUCGUAGCCAAGGAGGAGCCGGAGGUGGAGCGGAAGCGGCAAAAUCUGGUUGUGGAAAGCGCCCAGAGCAAAGCGCAGCUGAAGGAGAUAGAGGAUCGCAUCUUGCAACUGCUCUCUGACUCCAAGGGCAAUAUUCUGGAUGACGAGGAGCUCAUCAACACCUUGGCCACAUCAAAGACAGCCUCGCUGCGAAUUGAAGAGCGUGUUGCGGAGCAGGAGAAAACCCAAGCGCAAGUGCAAGAGACGCGAGCGACCUAUGUUCCCGUUGCAGUGCGGGCAAGCGCUCUUUUCUUUGUCGUCGCGGACCUUUGCAAUGUCGAACCCAUGUAUCAGUACAGCCUGGAAUGGUUUUACUCCAUCUACGAGUCCGCGAUUGCCGCGGCCGAGAAGUUUGAGCGGAACAUCCAGAAGCGGCUCACAGCGCUUCAGAGCAAGUUCCUAGAGCUGCUGUUCGCGCAGACCUGUCACUCUCUCUUUGAGAAGGACAAACUGAUGCUGUCGCUUCUUUUGACCUUCAAGUCAAUGGAGGUUGAUGAUGACAUCAACUUGGAGGAAAAGCGAUUGCUGCUGCUGGCUCUGGGGGGUGGCACUGCGCACACCCCAAAGCCGGCAGACUGGCUGACGGACAAGAUGUGGAGCAGGAUAUGCGUUUUGGACAAGCUGGGCAAGGGUCCUUGGUACAAGUUCGCCAACUCGUUCAAGGACAAUGUGGAAAAGUGGAAGAACGUCUUCGACUCUGACAAUCCUCUAGCAGAGCACUGGCCUGGCAAGGAGCAGAUGUCAGCCCUGCAGAGGGCACUGGUGCUGCUCGCAGUCCGGACUGAUUGCACCGUCGCUGGAUUGCAGGAGGUGAUCGCGAGCAACUUGGGCAAGGGCUUCCUUGAACCGCCAUCCUUCAACUUGGAGAAGGCUUUCCACGAUGCUGCUUCGCCCUGCAAGCCCUUGAUCUUUGUGCUGUCCCCUGGCGCAGACCCCAUGGUCGAGGUCAUCCGCUUGGCCCAAAAGCUUGCCAUGAAUGACAAGUACAUCACGGUCUCAUUGGGUCAAGGCCAAGGCCCCAAGGCGGGGCGUGCCAUCAAGGACGGCGUGGACCAGGGCAUGUGGGUCAUCCUUCAGAACUGCCACUUAGCGCCUUCUUGGAUGCCAACUCUGGAGGUUAUGGUGGAGGAACUCACUCCCGACAAGGUAGCAGAUCAAUUUCGCUUGUGGCUGACAGCCAUGCCAUCCCCGGAGUUCCCCAUUUCGGUGCUGCAGAACGGCAUGAAAAUGACCAUUGAGCCUCCGAAAGGCCUCAAGUCAAACUUGCUUCGGGCAUUUUCAUCCAUCGAUCAUGAUUGGUUCGUGGACGCCUGCGGCAAGAGCACGGAAUGCAAGCACACCUUCAGGAAGAUGCUGUUUGGCCUGUGCUUCUUCCACGCCUUGAUCCAGGAGCGGUGCACAUACGGCCCGUUGGGCUGGAACAUCCCGUAUCAGUUCUCGGAGCCAGAUCGACAGAUUUGCAUGAUGCAGCUGAGGAUGUUUCUGGAGGAGAACGACAUUGUGCCAUAUGCGGCGCUGCAGUACACAGCAGCGGAGGCCAACUAUGGCGGACGGGUGACAGAUGUUCACGACCGCCGAUGUAUCAACUUUCUGCUUUCGGACUUCUACUGCCCGGAUAUUCUCAAGGAUGAUUACAAGUUCUCGCCUUCCGGCAUCUACUACGCUCCUGCCUACAGCUCUUCCCUGGAGCCGUACGUGGAGUACAUUCGCAACCUGCCCAUCAACCAAAUGCCGGAGGCCUUCGGGCUGCAUGCCAACGCAAACCUGGUGGCAGCGAUCAGCGAGGCGAUGAGGUUGCUGGGAACGGCAGCUUCACUGCAGCCCAAGACAGGUGGAGGUGGUGCUGGAGUGUCCCAGGAUGAUAUCAUCACUGAGGCAGCCACCACAUACCUACAAGAUGUGAAACCGCCAUUUGAUACAGAGGCUUCCAACGUUAAGUACCCUGUGGACUACAACGAGUCCAUGAACACGGUCUUGAACCAAGAGCUUCUGCGCUUCAACAAGCUGAUCGUCAAGGUGAGGAGCACGUUGACGGAUGUCGGCAAGGCGGUGAAGGGACUGGUGGUGAUGAGCCCCGAACUGGAGGAAGUCGCCGACGGCAUUUUGACCGACCGCACUCCAUCUGUCUGGAUCGAGGUGUCAUACCCCUCGCUCAAGCCGAUGGUGUCUUACGUGGCCGAUCUGUGCGAGCGAGUUGCCUUCUUCACAAAGUGGCUGGAGGAAGGAACGCCUGUUGCCUACUGGCUUUCAGGCUUCUAUUUCACCCAGUCUUUCCUGACUGGGCAGCUGCAGAAUUAUGCCCGGAAGCUGCACUUGCCCAUUGAUACGCUCAUUUGGAACUUCCGUGUGUUGAAGCUGGAUGCCGAGCACGUCAAGCCUACCACGGGUUGUUUGGCAUACGGCAUUUUCAUGGAUGGGGCAAGAUGGGAUGACGUCGAUGGCGUCAUCGCAGAAAGCUUUCCAAAGGUCUUGCUGAGCGUGGUUCCAACUGUGCACCUGACGCCCUGUGAGGUUUCCAAGGACCCAACUGACAGGAAAGCGGUGUACCCAUCUCCGCUCUACAAGACGUCUGGACGUAAAGGCACGCUUACCACCACAGGCCACAGCACCAACUUUGUGAUGACAUUGUUGCUCCCGAUCACCAGAAUGCACACAGAGAAGUACUGGACCAAGCGGGGUGUGGCCUGCCUACUACAGCGGGACGACUGA